AUGAGAUCCAAUUUAGCAGAAAAUGAAAAUACAGCGGAAAAUUUAAAGUUUGCAUUAGAUAAUCCUUUGUUUAGUGAUAUAAAGCUAAAAGGAAACGACGGAGAAGAAAUAAAUGCUCAUCGAAUAAUAUUAGUGGCACGUUCAGAGGUGUUUAGGCUCAUGUUAUUGAAUGAAAUGAAAGAAUUCACGCAAAAUGUGAUAGAAUUUCCAGAGUUUUCCUCGAAAACUUUACACGUUAUUCUUGAAUAUUUAUAUACCGGGAAAGUGACCGAGAAGACGUUGAAGAUAGAAAUCAUUGCUAAAGCUUUUCAUAGUGCUGAUUAUUUUUUACUUGAUCAACUAAAACUUCAAAUUACUGAGUUUGUUCUACAUGAUAUAAAGAACAAGGAAAAUAAGAUAAAUAUUUCAGCCAAGAUCCUAUCUCAACUUUUGGAAUGUAUGGAUAAUGUUAAUAAUGAUUUAGUUGAUACACUUUACAAUAUCAUUAAUUCUGCUCCAUUAAAAUCUAUUGAAUAUUGUAAUUUAAACGAUAAAGCGUUGAAGUGUGUUUUAUCAAAGAACAAAAAGGAAGAGAAUAAUCUUGAAUAUGAAUUAUUAUAUUACAUCAUAUUAUGGGCUGCGAAUAAAAUCUCGGAAGAAGCUUUAUUAUUUUAUAAGUCAUAUUUACCUUCUCCAGAAAUUAUUGAAAUAUUUAUCACUACACACGUGAAAGGGUGGAACGGUAAUUUCCUAUCUAACCCGGAAGAAUCUCAUGCUAAAUACCGGUCAGCAAUGUUAUCAAUGACUUCAUCUUUACUUAAAUAUGUGGAUUUAGGACAAAUUCAUCCAUCGGUCAUUUCCGAAAUAAUUGAACCUCUUGACGGUAUAAUUGAUUCAAAUAUGUUAUUAGAUACAUAUCGGAAAAAAGCUUUAUUAGCUGAAACUUAUCUUAAUAUAUUGAAGAAUGUUGCUUCGUUUCAAUGGGAUGGUCGCGCGCGUGGUAAUAAAAUGCGAUUUGAUAAAAGUCCUUCUAUUGCUUUUACGAAUUUACCUGAUGUAGUUUAUCCUGCAGUAUCUUUAAACGCACCUGGAAGGGCGAAGAUUCAAUGUGCUUGA